AAGGUACUCAGUGCAUUCUAACUUUAUAUCUUCCUGUGUUUAACAUUGAGAAAAUUUUUUCGAGAGGCCUAACGUUAGUUGUAGUUGAAAGUGUAUUCAUUGCUGUAUCGAAAUAUGGGAAUGAUAACGAGAGUGCGUGGUCGUUUACGAAGUCUCCAUAAUAUCGCGAAAAUCGAUCCUGAGGAGCGGGAUGAAAAGAUAGCAGAAACAGUCUGCCUAUUAUCGAUUCUCUUCCUGCUGCCUUACUUUUCCAGAGGACACACGCCGUUACUACUAAGUCUUGGAGGAUGGUGUGUUGCUUCUUAUUCAUUUCUCGUUUUACCACUACUGAUCUCAGCAAAUUACAAAUAUCAAGUGAGAUGGAUCAAGACUUUAGUGACAAAAAUACUCAAUGUAACAAGGAAAUACUAUCGUCCAAUCUACAACUUCAUCGUCAAGGUUUAUUCGCCCUUGGACAGAUGUGAGAAUGUCUUCAUGAAGAUGUCCAAUAUCUAUAAUAUGACGACGCAGUUGGUAUUUUUCCUCAUUUGUGACCGAGUACUACUUUGCGAUAUAAGUAGUAUGAUAUGUCCGCAGAAGAAGAUAACUGGCCUCUACACAUUAAUGUUCUACAACGUGAUAGCAUACUGUGUCUCCUACAUAAAAGAGCUCAUAGAAAAAGAAGAUUGGUCUGUGACUGUAAAUAUGACCCAACAUAGCAACAUAAAACAUCUGGCAAUGUCAGCCACCAAAAUAGUUCUUGAAUGGACAAAAGCAGUUACUUUUAUAAUCACUGUAACAUUCAUGCUACUGGUAUUUGGUCUCGAGCAAGGAUUGAAACAUUACCACCCGACUGCACUAUAUACGUUCAUCACCUGGACAUAUUACAUGUGUACUGAAAAAGUUUUCGUGGAGAUGUUUCCCGUUUUACUGACAUCCUUGAAGUUCAAAUAUUUCGAGGCCCUCGAAGCCCUUUACGCUCCUGUGAUAUUGAAAGCUUACACAGUAUUCUUAUCUGUUAUUUUAGUGAUAAUCUUAGCCUUUCAUGGACUGAUACGCUUCACUUCAGUGGCAUUUUACUUAACGGUUUUCUUGAAAGCCAAAGAUUUGUUCAAAAAUUCAUUGAGAGUUCUUCAGAGAGAGAAAUCUGUUCUUAAUCAAUUUCGCAAUGCUACUCAGGAAGAAAUAGAGAACUGUGAUGAUGUUUGUGCUGUAUGCUUGAGUCCUAUGGAGAGGGCGAAAGUGACACCUUGUCAGCAUAUGUUUCAUGCGAUAUGUCUGAGACAUUGUUUAAGUAACUCAGAAGUGUGUCCGAUAUGCAAGAGAGAAUACACAUUUUUACACUAAAUGUAAUUGUUAAUAAUACCUAGGGCUAUUUAAUAUUUGUGUAGACUGAAAGAUUAGAUUUAUAUUGUAAGUUAUAAAUGAAAAGUUGAAUGUAUAGAUUAUUUAUGAAUUAGAUAUAUUGAAACAUUGAAGCGUGUUGUGGUAUUAUGCCUUAUAAAUAUUUAGAUAUAAUAUGUAGUAUAUUUGUUAUAUUUAGGGCCAAUUUCAUAAAAUGGUGUACAACCUAAACUCAGAUCAAAAUCCAAACCAACUCUUUCUAACAUUGACAUAUGCUUUAUCUAUGAAGUAAAUUAAGGAGGGUAAAGAAACCAGAGAAGACAGAGACACUCCAUUUUUACUGGAGUUAAGAUGCAGCAUCGAAAUAAAUCGGGAAAAUUCUUUCCUUAACGCUAGUUACGUCUUAUAUCGGCUUAUGUUCUUGAUAAAAUUGGUCCUUAGUGAAGAGCGUUCACCUCGCUGGUCUUUUUCAGUGAUUGUGAUUUUCCUAUACAUAUAAAAUUAGGUGGAAUGUUGCCAUAUGUUGUCUUCCACUAUGAUGUCAAAGAGUAGGUGUUCACCAGGUUUUCUGGUGAGCGUGUAAUGUACAGAGUGGGCAAGAUUCGAUGGUUGUGGGAUCAGAUCAGUCAAAUAUCUUCAACCCACAUAAUUGAUUAUUCAAAAAUGUUAUCUGUUUCGAAGUUAUUCAAUUUUCCGUGUUCAGUAUUGAAAUGGGAUGCCUUACUUGUCAAUAUUUCACUGCUCCUACACUUGAAUAUACUUUUCAGGUUAGUGUUUACUCUGAUGAUUCGAAACAAAUCCAUCAACUUCAUAACUUUUUCUGCUCCCAUACUUCAAAAGACUUUGGAGCUGAAUGUUAACUUCAAUAACAUUUGUCAAGAAAUCUUUAUAAAUAGUUCAUUCACAUUAUAUCAGUAUGGAAAUCAUCAAAGCCUUAUUGUUCAAAAAUUUACUUAUAAUCAUGGCUAACUCCAUUAAAAAUUGGAUAGUCAAUGGUCUAAAAAUAUUUGUUUGGAACACCGUUUAUCAUUCUUAGAGUAGGUAAAUAAUAGUACUUAAGCACAGCUCGAUAUGUUCUGUAUCCUGAUGUUUUCAUCAAAAUUUCGAAUGCCAAAUCUUGAACCAUAAGUUUCUCAAUAGUAGCCUAAUCUUAUUUAGGAGGAUGAGUAUCCAACGAAGUAUAGUGAAAGUAUGACAUGAAACAUAUACAAAUAAUGUGAGUAAUGAAGCACCAAAGAUAUUUUUCCUACUCAAUCUACAGCGGCUGUUUUCAUAUUCUCACAUCUAUCGGAGUGGGAGUAAAAUGUGACUUAUUUAGGUAACCUAUUUCGAACUUAUGAUCCAAGAUUUGAUAUCGAACCUGCAUACUCUCAAAUAGAAGCGUUGUACUAGCUAUAUUAGAAAUGAGAAAACACAUGAUUUAUUAGUCUAUAAUUCCUUUGAUAAGUUACUCAAACAUUUUGUACUGUGUGAGAGAUUAGAGACAAGCUACGAAUCGAGUGACGUAGCAUGUCUUUUAGCAUUGAAAACGCUCAGCUUCGCUCAACUUCGCAUUCGGUGACCGGUCAGCUUUGAGUAGCAGCGUUGUACUAGCUGUAUUAGAAAUAAGUAGACCCAUGAUUUCGUUAGUCUUUAAUUCUUUUCAUAAGUUACUCAAACAUUUUGUACAUAUGUGUGAGAGAUUAUAUGACUGUUUUUAUACGGAGUUGAAUAAAGUGUAAUAUAAUCAUAAA